AUGGAUUUUAAUAAGAGAAAAAGAAAUGAAUUUCAUUCAUAUAAUGCAAAACGGAAAAAAAAAGAGAAACUGGUGAUAAAUAAAUCGAAAAAUAAUAUUCAUACAGUUGCUACAGGGCCUAGGAAAUAUACGGUUACUAUUGCUCUUCCAGGAAGUAUCGUUGCAAAUGCACAAGGACUAGAAUUAAAAACCGCACUUGUUGGACAAAUUGCUAGAGCUUUAGUUAUUUUUUGUGUGGAUGAAGUUGUUAUUUUUGAUGAUUCUGGAAUACCAAAAGAACAAAAUAUUUUUGAGAGACAUGAUGGAGUAAGCAAUGAAAAUGUGUUUUUUAUUCAUUUAUUACGUUACAUGGAAACACCGCAAUAUCUAAGAAAAUCAUUAUUUCCAAUACAUCGAGAUCUUCGGUUUACCGGGCUAUUAAAUCCUUUAGAUUGUCCUCAUCAUUUACGUAUAGAUGAAGAUUUUCCAUAUAGAGAAGGUAUCACAUUGGAUUCCUCAUUAUACCCAAAGGUUCCUAAGAAUUGCACGUUAGUAGAAGCAGGUUUGAGACAAAAGGUACUAGUUUCGGAUAGAAUUAAACCAGGUGUUCGCGUAACACUGUUUAUGAAGGAGAUGUCCUCACAAAAGAAAUAUAUCAAUGCGGAAGUAGUAAGUCCGUCUACUCCACGAGAAACAAUGGGAUAUUAUUGGGGUUACACUGUUCGUUUUGCAAGUUCUUUGUCUGCAGUGUUAACAGAAUCACCAUAUGAAAAUGGUUAUGAUUUAACUAUUGGCACAUCAGAAAGAGGUGUGGCAUUUGAAGAGAUAAAAGAUAAUAUUCCAAAUUUUAAUCAUAUUCUUAUUGUUUUUGGGGGAUUAGCAGGACUAGAAGCAGCAGUAGAUGCUGAUCAGAACUUAGAUAUUGGAGGAGAUCGUGUAGAAGAACUUUUCGAUAGAUGGAUAAAUGUAUGUCCUGCACAAGGAUGCAGAACAAUACGUACGGAAGAAGCAUUGCUAAUCACUUUAGCACAACUAAAAGCAAUUAUUAUGAAAAAGGGUAAAUAA